UUUUUCAUCCAAAAUUUCAAAAACUGUCGUUGCCAACGGACGUGCUUGUGCUUGUCUCUGCUGUUGUUUUGCCGGAAAACGGAAAACCAAGUGCAAAGUAGUGUGCCACCGCCAGGAUCUCUUUUCGGCGACCGCAAUCAAACUGCAUUUUUUGUGUUUGUGAAAUGUGAAAAAAAUAGUUCAAGUGCAAAGCAAAUCAAAAACAAAUCAAAUUUCAAACGAAAUCAAUCCCCCCCUUCCCUUGCAAAAGUAACAAUCAAAAGAAAAGAAAAGAAAAGAAAAGAUAAUUCUGUCGCCUUGUCGAAUCAUCAAGUCCGAAAACAGCAAAUCAAGUUCAAUCAGAAGGCUGGGAAAUUAAAGGAAAAAUAAACAACAGGAGACGCAGCAGCGCAGGCACCCAACAACAAAAAUGUCUGCCACAAUAGUGCAGAAAUCGACGGCAACAGUCGGCAAUUCGCAUUACUUUGAAUGCGGCGACAUAUUCCAGACGGUGGCCAGCGAUCAUCACCAGCCGCAACAGCACCAGCAACAGCAACAGACAGCGGAGCAGCUCAUCCUGGACAUCAACAUGGAGCAGUCCUCCCAGUCACAGCAGCAGCAUCGCCUGCACGGUGCCCUCACACGCACCAUCUCACAGCCAGCGCAGCAGCGCCACCCACUGCAGCAGCAGCAGCAGCAGCAGAUCCAACAGCAGCCACAGGGUGUUGCCUCUUUGGUGCCCAUCAUUGAGAAUCUUGGGAACAUGAAUCUGCACCGCAAGCUCGAGCGCACACAGUCUGAGCCGCUGCCCCAGCAGCCCAUGAACAUAUCUCGCUACAAGACGGAGCUCUGCCGCCCGUUCGAGGAGGCCGGCGAGUGCAAGUACGGGGAGAAGUGCCAGUUCGCACACGGCUUCCACGAGCUGCGCAACCUGCAGCGCCACCCAAAGUACAAGACGGAGUACUGCCGCACCUUCCACAGCGUCGGCUUCUGCCCCUAUGGGCCACGCUGCCACUUUGUGCACAACGCGGACGAGGCCCGUGCCCAGCAGCAGGCGGCAGCCCAGGCUGCCAAGUCGGGACAGCAGCAGCAGCAGCAGUCGUCGUCGGGACAGCAGCAAGCACAGGGACAACAGCAGCAGCAGCAGCAGCAGCAGGGCUUCCAGAAGCCAUCACAGCUCGGCAGCCAGACGAGCAUCAGUCAGAGCAUCAACAUCAGCCAGAGUACGUUCUUUAUGCCGCUGAGCCCACCGUUGAGCAUGAGCACCGGCUCGGACCGGGAGUCGCCCACCGGCUCAUUGUCGCUCAGCCCCACCAACUCGCUGACGAGCUUCCCCUUUCACGAUGCCAUGCCGCCGCAGCACGGCGGCUACCACUACAUGCCCGUGGGCUCCUCGGGCGGCAAGCACGGCACUGGCAGCGGCAGUUCCGCCUCAUCCACGUCCUCGUCCUCGUCCUCGGGCCUCGGACUGGGUCUGGGCAUGGGCAUGGGCAUGGGCAUGCCCAUGGGUCCGGCCACACCGCCAGAGAGCCCCAAUGUGCCCAUCUCGCCGGUGCACACGCCACCACCGUACGAGCCCAGCACCCCGAGCACCAGCAGCAGCAGCAGCAGCAGCAGCAGCAGCAGCAGCAGCAGCAUGAGCAGCGGAAUGGGAAUGGGAAUGGGAAUGGGAGGAGGACAGGCCAAGCAGCUGCUGCAGAAGAGCAUGAGCACGCCGAUGCAGCAGGAGGAGAUGCCGCGUCUGCCCGUCUUCAAUCGACUGAGCUCCGCCGUGGAGGACUACCAGAAGAAGCUGCUGUCCAGUCUGCUGCCCUAAGCACACAGCAGCAGCCCAGCAUUCAGCGUUCACCCUCAUCCAACAAUGUCCCGCAUCCCGCAUUCCGCAUUCCUCAUCCCUCCCAUCAUCUAAUCAGCCCAAUAACAACAGCAACCUUGACAAAAUCUCAACAACGACUACUCCGAACCAUUGUAG